UGAACAACCCGAGCUCUGCUCGCCCGGUGCUGCGUGAGCCGGGCUGCUCGUGACCAUGGGGAACGGCCUCUUUGCAAACUGCUGCAGGCAAGUCACCGACCUCAUCUUCCAGACACACAGCUCCAGCUCUGCCGAUGAGAGGGCUCCGCUCUUACCAAAGCCUCCCAUGGGCUGUGCCGCCGGCCCGGACGUGCCAGAAGCUGCCCCGUGUGCUGGGCUCUAUCCAGACAUCAUCCCCAGCGAGGUGGUGACUGGAAGCCUCCCGAAGUGCACCCAGUAUAUCCAAGACCUGCCCGAAGCCAAGGGUGAAGAAGGAGCAGUGAUGGUGUGUGAUAAGAGCUCUCGGAGAGCCGUGGCCGGCCUGCUCCAGCAGGCAGAGGCAUCCCGUGCGGUGGCUGUCCUUCCAGCCGACCUUGGGGAAGGGCCGCCGGGGCUGCUGGAUCAUGCUCAGUUGCUUGAGGCCUGCCAGAGCUGCGUGAAACUUGAGGACAGCAGCUUAGCCCCUAGAUCCUGCCGCCAGGAGAAGCACGUGGCAGCAGCUGAUGGGGGGGAUGCGGCCCCUGGAGCACGUCCCGCCGGCCAGGGCCACGGUGAGGGACGAGCAGCCUUGAGCUCGGACACAGCUUCAGGGGGCUUGGGCAGCGUGCUGGGACACAGAGGUGCUGCUCUGCCUGCGAGCAUGGGGAGCACCCCACCGGCACAAAGGACACCGCGCCGGGGGGGCCGGGCAGCACAACCCUCAUCCAAGGCUCGGGACGCAAGUACUGGUUUUGUAGUGAUGGACCCUGCUGCCUGCCCCAGCGACAGGUCAGGCUCUGACCCUGACCCGCAGGCACUGCCCCUCAAGCAGCUGCAGCAGAAGAAGAAGAGGAAGAAAAAGAAGCUCCCAUUCCUAGAGCACCCGUCUGGCAUGGCACUGAUGAAUGGCAGUGGCCCGCACGAGAGCCUCAAGGGUGAGAAGGAUGCCAGGCAGAAUGGCCACGAGGAGGCUGACGCAGGAGAAGAUGGGAACGACCAGGAGGUCAUUGUCAUACAGGACACAGGAUUUACCGUCAAGAUCUGUGCACCCACCAUAGAGCCCUUUUCCCUGCAGGUGUCUCCUCAAGAGAUGGUGCAGGAGAUCCACCAAGUUCUGAUGGACCGCGAGGACACCUGCCAUCGGACGUGCUUCUCUCUGCAGCUGGAUGGCAACGUCCUCGAUAACUUCGCUGAGCUGAAGACGAUUGAGGGGCUGCAGGAGGGCUCGCUGCUCAAAGUGGUGGAAGAGCCAUACACAGUGCGAGAAGCCAGGAUACACGUGCGUCACAUCCGGGACCUUCUGAAGAGUCUUGACCCAUCAGAUGCCUUUAAUGGUGUGGACUGUAAUUCACUGUCCUUCCUGAGCGUCUUCACUGAAGGAGACCUGGGAGACAGUGGAAAACGAAAGAAGAAAGGUACUGAAAUGGAACAAAUUGACUGCACCCCUCCUGAGCAUAUCCUGCCAGGUAGCAAAGAGAGACCCUUGUGUGCCCUUCAGCCCCAGAACAGAGACUGGAAGCCUUUACAGUGCCUAAAGGUAUUGACAAUGAGUGGCUGGAACCCACCACCCGGUAACCGGAAAAUGCAUGGGGACCUCAUGUACUUGUACGUCAUCACGGUGGAGGAUCGGCACGUCAGCAUCACUGCGUCCACCCGGGGAUUUUACUUGAAUCAGUCUACUGCAUACAACUUCAAUCCCAAACCUGCAAACCCCAGUUUUCUCAGUCAUUCCUUGGUGGAACUACUUAACCAGAUCAGCCCUACCUUCAAAAAAAACUUCUCUGCUCUGCAGAAGAAACGGGUUCAGAGACACCCUUUCGAGAGGAUAGCCACUCCUUUCCAAGUGUACAGCUGGACGGCUCCGCAAGCGGAACACGCCAUGGACUGUGUCCGGGCAGAAGAUGCUUACACCUCUAGACUGGGCUAUGAAGAGCACAUACCUGGACAGACCAGAGACUGGAACGAGGAGCUGCAGACCACGCGGGAGCUGCCGCGCAAGAACCUGCCCGAGAGGCUGCUCAGAGAGCGAGCCAUCUUCAAGGUUCACAGCGACUUCACUGCAGCAGCAACAAGAGGUGCUAUGGCUGUCAUUGAUGGCAAUGUCAUGGCCAUCAACCCCAGUGAAGAGACCAAGAUGCAGAUGUUCAUCUGGAACAACAUUUUCUUCAGCCUGGGCUUUGAUGUCCGUGACCACUACAAGGACUUUGGUGGAGAUGUUGCUGCUUACGUAGCUCCUACCAAUGAUCUCAAUGGUGUGCGGACCUAUAAUGCUGUGGAUGUAGAAGGGCUGUACACGCUGGGGACUGUAGUGGUGGAUUACAGAGGUUACAGGGUGACAGCUCAGUCUAUCAUUCCUGGCAUCUUGGAACGGGAGCAGGAACAGAGUGUAAUCUAUGGGUCAAUAGACUUCGGCAAGACCGUUGUUUCACACCCCAAGUACCUGGAGCUGCUGGAGAAGACCAGCAGGCCACUUAAGAUCCAGAAGCACAAAGUCCUCAACGACAAGAAUGAGGAGGUGGAGCUGUGCUCCUCAGUGGAGUGCAAAGGCAUUAUUGGCAAUGAUGGGCGUCACUACAUCCUGGACCUGCUCCGCACUUUCCCUCCAGAUCUAAACUUCCUGCCUGUUGAAGGGGAGGAGAUGCCAGAGGAAUGUAAGAAAAUGGGGUUCCCCAAGCAGCACAGACACAAACUUUGCUGUCUCCGGCAAGAGCUUGUUGAUGCCUUUGUAGAACACAGGUAUCUGUUAUUCAUGAAGCUGGCUGCACUGCAGCUGAUGCAGCAGAAGGCCAACAAGCAGGAGAGCUCGAGUACACUGGAAAAUGGUGCCUCUCCAGAGAAUGGAAGUGCAGACAGCGAGAAGGCUGAGUCAGAGGACGGUAAAAUAGAUGAUAACGUGACUGGACUUGAUCAGGUGAAAGAGCUUGCUGAGACCAUUGCAUCGGAUGAUGGAGCAGUGGAUCCCAAGAGCCGAGAAGUGAUUCGGAACGCUUGCAAGGCUGUGGGCUCCAUUAGUGACACAUCAUUUGACAUUCGGUUCAACCCAGAUAUUUUCUCACCAGGUGUUCGCUUCCCGGAGUCCAGCAAAGAGGAGGUGCAGGAUCAGAAGCAGCUGCUGAAGGAUGCUGCUGCCUUCUUGCUGUCGUGCCAGAUCCCAGGUUUGGUCAAAGACUGCCUGGAUCACACGGUGCUCCCCAUGGACGGGGCCACCCUCGCAGAGGCCAUGCACCAGAGGGGCAUCAACAUGCGUUACCUGGGCAAGGUGAUCAGCUUCAUCACCAAGACCCCUGGCCGUGCUCAGCUGGAUCACAUCUAUAAAAUAGGAAUCAGUGAAUUGAUCACGCGAUCGGCCAAACACAUCUUCAAGACGUACCUCCAGGGCGUGGAGCUGUCGGGGUUAUCAGCUGCCAUCAGCCACUUCCUCAACUGCUUUCUAAGCUCCUUCCCGAAUCCCAUCGCCCAUCUCCCAGCUGAUGAGCUGGUCUCCAAGAAAAAGAACAAGAAAAGGAAAAACAGGAACCUUGGGAAUGCUGAUAACACCGCCUGGGCCAGCAUGACCCCUCAGGAGCUUUGGAAGAACAUCUGUUCAGAAGCAAAGAACUACUUUGACUUUAGUCUGGAAUGUGAGAAUGCUGACCAGGCCGCUGAGGUGUAUAACCUGCAGAAAAUCACCCUGCUUCGGGAAAUCUCCCUCAAAACUGGAGUCCAGAUCCUGCUGAAGGAGUACAACUUUGACAACAGGCACAAGCCCACCUUCACAGAAGAGGACAUUCUCAACAUCUUCCCUGUAGUGAAGCACGUGAACCCCAAAGCCUCAGAUGCUUUCCACUUCUUCCAGAGCGGGCAAGCAAAGGUUCAGCAAGGUUUCCUGAAGGAGGGCUGUGAGCUCAUCAACGAAGCCUUAAACCUGUUCAACAAUGUGUAUGGUGCUAUGCAUGUAGAAAUCUGUGCCUGCCUGAGGCUGCUGGCUCGUCUCAACUAUAUCAUGGGAGAUUAUUCAGAGGCCUUAAGUAACCAGCAGAAAGCGGUGCUGAUGAGCGAGAGGGUCCUGGGCAUCGAACACCCCAACACGAUCCAGGAAUACAUGCACCUUGCUCUGUACUGCUUCGCAAACAGCCAGCUCUCCACGGCACUGAACCUGCUGUACCGCGCGCGCUACCUCAUGCUGCUGGUAUUCGGGGAGGAUCACCCAGAAAUGGCACUCUUGGAUAACAACAUUGGGCUGGUGCUGCACGGGGUGAUGGAGUACGACCUCUCCCUCCGCUUCCUGGAGAACGCGCUGGCCAUCAGCUCCAAGUACCACGGCUCCAAGUCUUUGAAGGUUGCACUGAGCCACCACUUGGUAGCCCGAGUGUACGAGAGCAAGGCCGAGUUCCGGUCAGCCCUGCAGCACGAGAAGGAAGGUUACACCAUCUACAAGAACCAGCUUGGAGAACACCAUGAAAAGACCAAAGAGAGCUCCGAGUACUUGAAAUACCUGACUCAGCAAGCAGUCGCUCUGCAACGCACAAUGAACGAGAUCUACAAGAACGGCUCCAAUGCCAACAUCAUGCCUCUUAAGUUCACAGCUCCCAGCAUGGCCAGUGUCCUGGAGCAGCUCAACAUUAUCAACGGCAUUCUCUUCAUUCCACUAAGCCAAAAAGACUUGGAGAACCUUAAAGCCGAGGUGCAGCGGCGCCAGCAGCUCCAGGACAGCAUCAAAGGCGGUGAGCAGCUGGACCCCGAGGACAAAGCCGUGGAGGAGGAGGCUGAGCCGCGCAUGCCUUCCGCUGCCAUCCCCCUAACACAGAGCUCUGCUUAAUGUGUACCUCGCUUUAAAACAAGUUUAAACCACCCUUUUCUGAGGCUGCGCCAGGCCCCGGGCCGCCCCGGAGCAGCUCCUCCUUUUUGACAAUGUUAUUGCACUGGUACAAUUAAUACACAAUGCAAAGAACUAAUCUGAGAAAUGUAAUGUGUCUGGCUGAGCUUGUGGCUGCCGCGGGCGCCGAGCCCCGCGUCGUGUCGUGUGUGUGCACAGAGCAUCACUUCUUUCUACUUUGUACAUAUGAAUUCCAAUGAACUGUCUGGAGGUAUGUACCAUUUCUCAGGUCAUUUUUAUGUUGACUACGGACACUGCUUUGCUAAACCAGUAUAAAACCAGCCCCAGGCCAGGAGGUUUGUUUGGCCCCGCCCCCCCCCCCCCCCCAACACUGCCCCAGUCUGUGCUAUAAGGAAAACCAAGCAGCCAUAGUCCUAGUGCUGGGUACCGCCUGCGGGAGGGGAUGUACAGCGUUUUCUACAUCAGGAUAUAGCCAUGGGAUUCCUUUAACCAUUCUUUUUUUCUACUUUUGGUUGGCAGUUUGGCAAUUCAGUGGGUUUUGUAACAUUCACAUUCUAAUUUUCAAGGUAAAGAUAUAGACAGAGAUUAUAUCUAUAGAUCUAUAUAUAUAUAUAUAUGAGAUACUCACUGUUCCACUUCUGCUCUGCUUGCAGCUGAGUAACUUGGGAUUCUGUAUCCAAAGAGAGAGGGCUUGAUGUUAAAUAAAGCGCACAAACUUCCAGUGA